AUGAUCUUGAUUCAAGACGACCCAACGGGACGUAGUCGAAAUACACGACUUCGUCGUAGCAGUAUUGCUGGUGGCGGCACCUUUGCCGAAAGACGCCAACUGCCCUCUAGAAGCUCCAAGGAAAACAAUCUCAACAGUAUUAAGCGACGUACCAUUAUGAAACCUUCGCGACACAAUAGUUCCCUAAACAAAGACUUUGCCAGUUUGAAACCUGCCGAAAUAAAGAAGAUCUAUUUAAAUAAGAAGCUCACAAAAUUCAGACCUGCCAGCCUGGAAACAAUUUUCGAGGAGCCAACCUCAGCGGGGGGAAAUGCCGAUGAUGAUGAUGAUGCUGAGAGUGGACAGGUUCGUUUUAUUGGCACCCGCAAAUUAAGACGUGUCCUGACAUGUAGUGACGGUUUUGUUUUCAACAAAGCUUUAAUUAAAAAACGACGUGCGAAAAUUAAGAAAACCUUUGGUCGUCGUUUGUCGUUGAAAAAAAUCUCCUUGGAAGAGUUUUUGGAGAAGCUCAAUAACAGCAUGGAAGAGCAAGAUGAAGAGGGUGAGAAGAAAAAAGGUAAUUCAACUCCUCCUCAGGGGAAAAUAACUGAAACAAUGGAGGAUAUUUCUGAUGAGAAUAUAGAGACUGAAAUGGACGCAAUGCCCAUACCAACCACAACAACAAUACCAACACCACUAACCACACUACCAACAACAGCAACAAUAACAAAUUCUGUUAAUGCAUGUAGUACUAAUUUAAUGGCUCAUCAUUCAAUAACUUCACCCACAUUUUUACAAACAACUCAAUUUUUACCCUAA